GAAUCGGAAACAUUUCUACGGAGUGAAUUUCUAUUUCAGCCAAUCAAAAUUUUUCGAUUCAUUCAGUCCUAACAGGAAGUUGGACAAAAUAAAAACAUCCAUACAUUUUGUAAGUAAUUUCACUUUUUAUCCCACCCAUACUUGAUUCUGCAUAUUGUGAUCCUGUUAUUUUGAGAGCUAUUGAUAUAUUAAAACAAUCCUCAGCUAUGAAAAGAUCUGAACUAAACAGUGAGUAAACUACAGUGGGGAACAUAAAUAAUUACUAUCGCUAUCAUGCUGUCGCACAUACCUAGUUUACUCUGUAAGCUAUGGGUGACAACACAGAAGCAGUUCAACAUAUACAAUCCCCUCGAUCAAAAGUGGUAGUGACAGGUUUUGGACCAUUCGGUAACCACUAUGUGAAUGCCAGUUGGCUUGCAGUCCAAGAACUGGAAAAACUUGGUCUCAGAGAAGAUAUUGAGCUGAUAACCUUCGAGAUACCUGUAAAAUAUGCCUCAGUUAAGACAAUAUUACCUGAACUAUGGGAGAAACACAAUCCUAUGCUUAUGAUUCAUGUUGGUGUAUCAGGGAUUGCUAAAUCACUUACAUUUGAACAACAAGCCCACAAUGACGGCUAUGAUAAAUAUGAUGUUGACAACUGUCACCCUGACAGUGAAUGCUGUAUUGAAGGGGGCGACCAGUGCCUUGUAUCGCAAAUAGAUAUGAACAGAGUGGUCGAAGCUGUCAAUAAUUCAACAAAAUGUAGCGUCCAAUCUAUUGUUUCUACAGACCCUGGAAGGUAUUUAUGUGACUUCUCCUUUUAUACAUCUCUCCACAUCAACCGAUCCUGCUCAGCCUUCAUACAUGUACCACCUAUAGCUAAGCCUUAUUCUGCCUUACAGCUGGCAGAGGGUAUCAAAGUAGGCAUAUUGGACAUGUUGGAACAAUUGAACACUACAUGUGAAUGUGAUUAGUAUAAGGUACAGACUACAGAUAGAAAUAAUAAGGUCCCAGGGGUUAAGCUAAGGGCUGAUUAACUUUUGAUAUUGGUCAGCUGAUUUUUUAAUUUGAUCUAGGAAAAUAACAAAGCUUAUGAGGGGAUAUUGUAAUGUACCUUUAAUCUGAUUGGUUCCUAGACUUAUUGGUAUUUGGUAUACCCUACUUCUUCAAACAUUUAAUUUCAAACGUGUUUUUAUUAAGUAAAAGUAUCUAUCGUCAGCUUGAAAUGUUCAUUGUGAAAAAUAGGCAAAUAUUUUCUAUCCAAGUGUACUUUUGUUAACAUAUUUUUGGCUUGUUUUCAAAAGUAGCGGUUGUUUUUAUGUAUCAUCCCAUUUAUAGCUAAGGGCCAGAAGUAUAUGUAAUUCUGAUCCUAAAUUAACAAAAAAAUUUUUAAAGGAGCACUUUUCAAGUGAUUUUAGGCCGAAGUUUUCAAAUGCGAACCCGCGAACAUUUUUUGUCACUUCCUGUUUUGUCAUUUCCUGUUAAAUUUCACUGCACCUUAACUGAGUUGCCUUUUAAAAUGCCAAAAUAGGAUCAGAAUGACAGAUACAGCCCC